UUAAGAGUCAAAUAAUUGUUAAUAUAUUCUGGCCAAUCAUUGGGAAAAAGAUUUUUUUACAGUAGUUAUACAUUUAUUAACUCAUCAAACUAGCUCAUUAGAUGCCAUGAUGUUUUUCUUUCUUCUUCUUUUUAAAGACUUCAUUUUUUAGAGCAGUUUUAGGUUCACAGCACAAUUGACAGGGAGGCACAAACGUUUCUUAUAUGCCUUCUGUCCAUGGUGUUUUUAAAAGUCAGUAUUCCAAUUAGUACAUUAUAAGUACAAAGAAACUGAAAUGACUUUAGUACUUUAUAGCAUAUUAUAUGCAUUUUUGGAAACAUUAAGUUAUCUCUGGAACUCUUUCUAUUAACAGAAAUUAUAUGUACAUAUACAUAUGUAUAUGUGAUUCAUUUGUGUGUCUUAUAUAAAUGUUAUCACACUCUAAGCUUACAUGUAGUAUUUUUAGUGGUAGUAAGAUAUCUUGAAUAAAUGCACGAGGAGGAAGGAAUGCAAGUGAAAGAUAAUGAUGUUGUCAUUUUUUCCUAGCUAGAGGAAGUCCAGGCUGGGCGUGGUGACUCACUCCUGUAAUCCCAGCACUCUGGGAGGCUGAGGUAGGUGAAUCAUUUGAGGUCAGGAGUUUGACAGCAGCCUGGCCAACGUAGUAAAACCCUGCCUCUACUAAAAAUACAAAAAAUGCACAGGGGUCUCACUAUGUCACCCAGACUGGAGUACAAUAGAGCAAUCAUAGUUCUCUGCAGCCUUGAGCUCCUGGGCUCAAGUGAUCCUACUGUGUUAGCUUCCCAAGUUGCUGGACUACAGGCAUAUGCCAUCUUGUCUGGCUACUUUUUUUGUUUGCUGUUUUUAGAAAUUAGGUCUCGCUAUGUUGCCCAGGCUCAUCUGGAACUAUUGGCAUCAUGUGAUCCUCCUGCCUUAGCUUCCCAAAGUGCUGGGAUUACAGGCAUGAGCUACCAUGCAUGGACUGAAUAACAAUCUUUAAAAGCAUCUUCUUCAUAUUUAGAUUAUUUAGACUAAUAUACACCGUGUGCUAUUAUUUGCUACUUUGUACAAAGAAAACCGAAUAAACAACCUGUGUAGAUGUUAUAAGCAAUUUGGUAGUCAAACUAGUUCACAUUAAAAAAAAAAAUCCCUGAUACCUGCAUACCAACCUGAGGUUUCCCUUACCUUUGGGUUAUUCUCCCCUCUAUCUUAGAGUUCCCCUUUGGACUCAAGCCCUCCCUUUACACCUUCCCAUUUGGAAGCAUUUGCUGCUGGGCCCAGUAGCUCAUGCCUGUAACUUUAGCACUGCCGAGGCAGGCAGAUUGCUUUAGGUCAGGAGUUUGAGACCAGUCUGGCCAACAUGGAGAAACCCUGUCACUACUAAAAAUACAAAAAAAAAAAAAAAAAAAAAAAUUAGCCAGGCGUGGUGGUGGGUACCUGUAGUCCCAGCUACUCAGAAGGCUGAGGUAGAAGAAUUGCUUGGAACCUGGGAGGUGGAGGUUGCAGUGAGCUAACAUCAGGUCAUGCACUCUAGCCUGGGCAACAGAAUAAGAUCCUGUCUCAAAACAAACAAACAAAAAGAAAGCAUUUGCUCCAUCAUGAAAGAGACCAGCACAUUGGCAGAUCGUCAGUCAUUCCUAUUCUUGUCUUCCAAAGCAGUUCCCCUUCAUAUAUGGCAAGAAAAUAUUAUUUUCCAAGUAUGCCAACAAUUUGCUGUUUAAUCCUCUGGACUUUAGUUGGAACUUAAAGGGUGGCUCUUUUUUUCCUACCAUCUUAUUUCAAAAGGACUAUUACUCGCCUGCCAUUCUUGAUUCAUACCAAUCACAGCCAACAACUUGAGGUACAAAUCCUUGUGUGCUGUUAGUUUACUUGGAGUCAGUGAGGGGUUUUGCUUGUCAGAGAAGUCAGCAUUUCCAAGAAUGGAGAGGAGAGAAAAGAAUAAAUUAUUUUGCAUUGCUUUAAAGUGGUUCAGAUUUACACAGAAAGAAUUCAGCAUUAGCCAUAUCACCUGGAGUUCACAGUUAUCAACUAGACUGAAAAAAUGUGCAGGUGCUUGUAUAGUGUGAACAAAAUUUGCACUUCUUUUGCUAAAGAGCAAGCUGUGCUUGUCACUGUUUCUGAAUUUGACUCUGGACACUCUCUGGCAGCCUAUUGAAGAAGUCACUCACUGAUCAGAGGCAGAACUUGUCUUAGCAUGCACAGAGAAUCAUUUGCUCAUGUUCUGCCCAAAUCACAAGUCACCCUGCUGGGAUGUCUGAAGGUGCAGAUGAAAAGACAAUGCAGGACAUGUGAACUUAACUGAAGUGAGAUAAUUCCCAGGAAAUCCAUGGUUUUCAUUUUGUAGGUCUUCUAAGACCUAUUAAUGGCAAUUUGCAGAAAACUCAAUAGAUUACUGACACCAGGUGGUUAGCAACAUUUCAAACUCUCCAGCACAGAAUUCUUUGAUUUUUUUUUUUUUUUGAGGUUAGCUGAUUUAUUUAUUUUUGUUUAGGUAAAAAUGACAUAAGAGUCACUAUUUUAACCAUUUUAAAGAGUACAGUUUAUUGACUUUUAGUACUUAGCACAUUUCUUUUUUUAAAUUCUUUUCUUCUUCUUCUUUUUUUUUUUUUUUUUGGUGGUAGGGUCUCACUUUGUCGCCCAGGCUGGAAUGCAAGUGCCAGUAAUAUGAUCUUGGCUCACUGCAGCCUCUGCAGUUCAGGUUCAAAUGAGAAUUCUUUGAAUUUUUAAACACUAAGGCCAUGAAGCACCUUAGCAAUCAUCUAUCCCUAUUAAUUGGGAUAUCCCAUCAUCUAUCCCUAUUAAUUGUACACAUUAUAAACCUGAGGCCAAGUGAGCCCCUUACUUGCCUGAGGUCUAUAUAGCGGUAGCGCCAGGAUUCCUGACCUUCAGUACUGCUGUCUUUCUACUAGUUCAAAUCCAACAAUAUGAUUACCAAUUAUAUGCUUGUCUCUCCAGAAGAUGAUUAUUUACUUGGGAAAAAUCUAUACGCUUCCAAAUACUUCAAUUCCUAUCCAGUCUUAUCCACGAGAGAAGUGGGCCAAGUCUAAAGACCGACCAUUAUGCUUGUAAUGGUGGAAAUGACUAAUCUGUUUGGCUCUUGUAAAUGUGAAACUCUGGGCCAUUGAUCGACAAUGUUUUCAAACAAUAAUGAUGAGGACAGGACUCAUCAAGCAUACAGAGUAUAUGGAAUUUUUAAAAAGCGUUCCAACAUUCCAGAGCCUUCCUGAAGAGAUCCUUAGCAAGCUUGCUGAUGUCCUUGAAGAGACCCACUAUGAAAAUGGAGAAUAUAUUAUCAGGCAAGGUGCAAGAGGGGACACCUUCUUUAUCAUCAGCAAAGGAACGGUAAAUGUCACUCGUGAAGACUCACCAAAUGAGGACCCAGUCUUUCUUAGAACUUUAGGAAAAGGAGACUGGUUUGGAGAGAAAGCCUUGCAGGGGGAAGAUGUGAGAACAGCAAACGUAAUUGCUGCAGAAGCUGUAACCUGCCUUGUGAUUGACAGAGAUUCUUUCAAGCAUUUGAUUGGAGGGCUGGAUGAUGUUUCUAAUAAAGCAUAUGAAGAUGCAGAAGCUAAAGCAAAAUAUGAAGCUGAAGCUGCUUUCUUCGCCAACCUGAAGCUGUCUGAUUUCAACAUCAUUGAUACCCUUGGAGUUGGAGGUUUCGGACGAGUAGAACUGGUCCAGUUGAAAAGUGAAGAAUCUAAAACGUUUGCUAUGAAGAUUCUCAAGAAACGUCACAUUGUGGACACAAGACAGCAGGAGCACAUCCGCUCAGAGAAGCAGAUCAUGCAGGGGGCUCAUUCCGAUUUCAUCGUGAGACUGUACAGAACAUUCAAGGACAGCAAAUAUUUGUAUAUGUUGAUGGAAGCUUGUCUAGGUGGAGAGCUCUGGACCAUUCUCAGGGAUAGAGGUUCGUUUGAAGAUUCUACAACCAGAUUUUACACAGCAUGUGUGGUAGAAGCUUUUGCCUAUCUGCAUUCCAAAGGAAUCAUUUACAGGGACCUCAAGCCAGAAAAUCUCAUCCUAGAUCACCGAGGUUAUGCCAAACUGGUUGAUUUUGGCUUUGCAAAGAAAAUAGGAUUUGGAAAGAAAACAUGGACUUUCUGUGGGACUCCAGAAUAUGUAGCCCCAGAGAUCAUCCUGAACAAAGGCCAUGACAUUUCAGCCGACUACUGGUCACUGGGAAUCCUAAUGUAUGAACUUCUGACUGGCAGCCCACCUUUCUCAGGCCCGGAUCCUAUGAAAACCUAUAACAUCAUACUGAGGGGAAUUGACAUGAUAGAAUUUCCGAAGAAGAUUGCCAAAAAUGCUGCUAAUUUAAUUAAAAAACUAUGCAGGGACAAUCCAUCAGAAAGAUUAGGGAACUUGAAAAAUGGAGUAAAAGACAUUCAAAAGCACAAAUGGUUUGAGGGCUUUAAUUGGGAAGGCUUAAGAAAAGGUACCUUGACACCUCCUAUAAUACCAAGUGUUGCAUCACCCACAGACACAAGCAAUUUUGACAGUUUCCCUGAGGACAACGAUGAACCACCACCUGAUGACAACUCAGGAUGGGACAUAGACUUCUAAUGUAUUUCUCUUACCUGCUUCUGCCUUGCUGAAGACAGCUUUUUCUGAGACACAGCUGCCAGCAAACCUGAAGGAAAGAGAGAAGAUUAGUGCUCGGGGUCACCAUGAUGCCUUUGAUCGAUGCUGCUCCGGUAACUACAGUGGCAUUAGGACUUUUGCUUAGAUGACAAUAGUGCUCUUUACAUGUUUUCUGUUCGAACCUAAAAUAGCAGUUGACAUGGUGGUCCUGAAGCAAAGCCUUUCACCAGUAAAGAGAUGUUUUCUAUUGUUGCAAUGACCUUGCUUUGCUCUGAUUAUAAUUUGAAAGACGUAGGAAACACUUCAAUCUAGUAGAAGAGUCUGUACCUUGGUAGAAUAUUCAAGAAGAUGAAAGAAUAAUAUAUUGGGUACGAUAGAUUACUAUGGUACAGAAACUAGGCUAUUCCCUUUCUUCAAGUGAAGGCUGUGGGAUCUAUUACUGCAGGCCGGUGUAUAUACCAUUCAAAAGAGGACCACACAUCUGUUGGUCACAGAGCUCAUGUCACACUAGUGCUAGAAGUUUCAUGAUUUUAUUUCCCAGCAGUGCUGAUGACAAGACUGAAUGUUACCCUUUCUUUCUGACAGAAUUUAAAAAUUGAUAUGAUAAAAGCACAACUGCUAUAGAUUCUGCUGAGACCUCUCAUAGUAGGUACAUAUGCGUUUUCACAGAGGACUGAAAAACAAUGCAUGAUAUUUGGGUUUUUUUUUUUUUUUUUGAUAAAUUGGCAUGACAGAGUGGGGAAAAAAAGCAGUUCACAAAACCAUUUCAUAUUUUUAAAAAUACUGUGCUUAAAAAUGGUCCUGGAAGUAAAUGACUAGCAGCCAAUUGGUUUUACCUAACAUACCCUCAAACUGAGGCUUAAAGUAUUCCCUUUUAUAAAAAUAACCCCUCGGGGUGGGGUGGACAGGGGAGGGAUUAAAACCCAUCCAAAAAAUAAAUAAAAGCUAUAUAGGUGCUAUGUAUAUCUUUCAUCUGUAAAUGUCAGUGUCUGAACAGACAACACAAAUUCAAAUCAUUAUAUGUGUAGCCAGAAACUCAAGCAUUUUCACUGAAGUUAUUAAACCAAACUCCUGUCCAAUUUCACUCAUACAACAUUGUCAGUCUGGAGUUGAGAGACAACGGUGAUUAUAAACCUAUUUGAACUAGCUUUUUGUCUUAGGCCUGAACCAAAAACAAACAAACAAAAAAUUAAAAAAAAAUAAAACAAGAAGGAAAAACAAAAAUAAAAGAAGUAGGAAAGACAAAAAAAGAAAGCCCAAAGUCAAAGUUAUUAAGAUUUACAGCUUUACCAAGCCAGGAACGUCACUUCUGUGAGGUCAGAGAACAAAACAAAAACCUGGCCAGGUGCUGAUUACCUUUUUGUGAAUAGGCUGAGUCCACCCACUUCUCCAAGUAAGAAAGCAGUACAGAGGAAAACAGGAACCUGAUUUUUAAAAAAAUAAAUUUUAAGUAGGACAGAAUUACUACAGUUCUAUGAUUUCACACUACCUAGAACAAACUAGAUUUGAAAAUGUCAAACUAAUUUACUUUAUUCACGUGGAGAAAAGAAUCUGCAAAUUAAACUGAGUCCAUCCCUGGCAGGCCGGUUGAUUAUUAUUAGCUUUAAUAAGUAACUCAGCCAUUUGGAAGCUCUUCCUGGACAAAACUGCAUUAUACCUAUGAGGAAAAAUAUAAAACAUUUAAAGCUGUCAUUCUGUUUUGGCACAGUGUGUGAAUUUGGUAUAUUAAAUUGAGGCUUGCUCUUUUCUCAGUAGAGGUUUCUUUUUAAUCAAUCAAAUGUCAACACUUCUGCAAGAAUAAGUCCAAUUAGAUCACUAUACCUUAACUAAGAGGGCAUAUAUUAUAAAUUUUGUUUGAUUUUUCAAACCCAAAACUACCUUAGAAUAUGAUAUCUUAUGAAAAUAUAAUAUUCUUAAAAAUGUGGAGGAUAAAAUGAAAAGGGAAUAAACUUCAAUUAAAACUUCAAUCCUAAAUGUUAUUGUUAUUCUUGUUUUUCUGGAGUUUUCCCUCCCUUAUAAUUUCUCCAAAUUAGUCUAUUUCCCAAGAUAUCCACUGUUUUCUACAUAUUUUAGAAUAUAAAACUAAAUAUAACCUAAAAUCCAGCAAUGUAUGUUAUUACAGUUUUAUAUUUUUUUAAUUGGCCUUUUUGACAUACAUAAUUCCAACAUUAUAGUCAAUGUUCAGUAAUUUUUGUUGAAAGAUAAUGUGGCUUAGGCAUGCUAAAGACUUGCUAGGAUAUUGAAUUUACCUUGUUAUUUGGAAAGACUCUGCUUCUGCAACUUUUCAAAAAUCCCCAAAGUCCCAAAGAUUAGCACUUAUUGUGGAUUUUGGAACUAUGGUUCAAGUCUAAGACAACCAAUAUAAAUAAGUUCAGUGGAGAAGGAAGAAGUAGCAUUCAGCACAAUGUAACUGUAGACUGUUUUCCCACUUGUUACUGCAUCUUUGUUCAUUUCACCCAUAGCAUUGCAUUAGGUGUCUGAAGCAAUCACCACAAAACAAAGGUAAACUACAUUUUCCACAAUGUACCAACAGAAAACAUUCAUCUGAUUUUCAGCAUUGAAUUUUUAGGAUAUAAAUCUUGUCUUAAUGAAGACUCUAGGGCUAAAAUUCAUGGUCAGUUCCAUAAAGUGCAUCUCCCUUUAUUUCUGAAUUUUUCAUAACCCCUCUAUUUUCUUACACUAAAGAACAUCUGGAUAAGUUAGAAUAGAGCCAACUUGUUUGAUUUGUUAAAUGAUUUUCUUGUUAAUGUGUUGAGUAUGGGAAAUAAGGGCUUUCUGUGUGUCUUUGACUCACAGGAAAACUGAAAUUGUCAAGGCAAGCAACAUGAAAAUAACUGAGGUAGAUUGAAUACAUUCGAAAAAAUAAUUUCUGAAAUAAUGCUAUACAUGAUUUUUAUGUUUGUAUCUUCUUUCUUACCAAGAUAUGAAUCAGAUCCAUAUGGCAUUCAAAACAAAUUUAUUUUGAUUAUAUUCUUUACAAGUAAUACUUGUUACCUAAAAUUGUGGAAUAUGCAUGUGAAUUACACAUGUGUAAUAAUAUAUCAACUUAACUAUUGAAUUUUUCCUGUUUGAUUUUUAAACGACUGAACUGAUGGUAAACAAAUUUAAUGAAGUCAGCUACCAUACUGGAAACAAGGAUAUUAGAACUGAUUUCACACAAUAGAAGUGAUCUGUGCAUUAUCCAUAACAUUUUCUUUCACAAUAGGACCACAGACAAAUAUUAUGUAAAUAGAUAUUUUUGUGUGAUAUUUUGUGGUACAUAUAACUUUUUUUAGUGUUUCACAGCAUUAUUAUUUCAUUUUAUUUGUACUGAAUAAUGUUUUAGGUCCAAGUAGACUUGAAUUAAUGUCAUAAUUGUCAGUAUUAUUGAAAAUUAUGUCAACUGUACUGUUAUUCAUCUGUCCAUAGUUUAGCACAUGACCUGGCUAUCUGGCAUUGUUGCAAGUGCCUUAAAUUCAUGGCAUCCUAUUAAAAAAACAAAUUUGGUGUUAUGCUGCAUGACAAAGACAAACACACCUCAAAAUGUUGUCCUUUCUUAGCUUGCUGCGUUUUACAGUUCUUUCUGCUAACAAUUUAUAAGCCUUUAUUAUAUAAUAUUGAUGAAUUACAGAAAUGAUGAAGUUGUUCUCUUAUUUCUGUUAAAUGUACCAGAGCUGUGUAUCUGUUAAUGAGAUACAGCGUCAUUUCUGUGAAAUGUAUAAAUGUAUGUGCGGGUCAAAUUAAUAUAUGACAUACUAUCAGUCUGUAUACAGGUAUUCCUGUUUUGCUAAGUUGUGCAGAUUCUGUAAAAGUAAAUUAGUGCAGUCAAGUUCUAACAUAUCUCAUUUUAUAGACUCCAUUGACAAUGGUCCAACCCAAAAGAAAAAUUGGAAAUGACUGCUAACCACACCUUGUUAUGAAACCAAUGAUGAAAAAGACACUUGGUGCACCUCUCAACAAAACAGGAUGCUUUCUCUGAGUUCUUGUAUAUGCAAAUCAUUUAUGAGGCAAGUUUUCAACAGACCUAGAAAGCAAAACAUUGAAAGUGUGUUGUUAGCCCUCCUCUCUGCCCCUGCGUCAACAGACAGAGCUCUGGGACCUUGGCAAUGACUCAGAAGUUGGGGCUUUCUGAGUAAAGGGACAUUUCUUUAAGAGUCAUCUAUCAAAUUUAUUUCAAUGUAUGAUGUUUUUACAACUGGUCAGUUCUUUUGUAUUCUUACAGCUAUGGUUAUUUGAUUGUCCUCUUACAAUCUGUUCUACAUGAAAGAGUUCUUUGUUAGUCAGAAUGCAACAAACUGUCAUCCAAUGGUCAUUGACCACUUGCACUCUUUUGAUGUAGAUUAAAAACUUUUUCAUAAACUUAUCCUGCUUUUAUUUGCUCUGUAUUUUUCCUGCAGCUGUAAUUGCUGAGUGCCUGUUGUAUACUUUAUAGAGUUGAAAUAAAAAAUAAUUACUUUUGAA